AUGUCGACUCUGGCUGGAGGCCCUCGGGGCCUCGAUCCCCUUCUCCUCCAUCAAUCGUACCAAAUGAAUGGGGGACGACUUCAGGGCGGCCACGCCCUCUCAAAUCACCACGCCGACUCUCCGGUUUCGACAAAAACCCUCUCCGAUAGCAAUCUCGGUCAAGCUGCGGAAGGAAUGCAACUCCGGUCCUCGCGGAGGCGGCCAAGGGUCCCUGAUUGGGAUUCUUUCUACAAGAAUGGGCAGCCCCGGGAGCAGGAGGUCAUUGUGAUCGAAGAUUCUCCCGAGCCCGCCCGAGACCACGCCUUAAGCGAUUACAGCAGCAUCCCAAACGGCCUCACCGCCGUAUCCUCCAGCAAGAAGCGGAAACUUGACGACACCGCGAGCCAAUCAACCUACAGCAGCCGCCAAGUUGUCAAUGGAUCAUCAAGUAAAGGCUCACCCACCGAGUCCUACCGGCCCGCCGACCGGGACCCCCACCCGACCGCGUCUCUCGCCCACAUCUCGACGAACGAUGCCAAUUCACGCACAGGUCUGAAGAGAAAGAGGACCAGGCAGAAUAUAACGAAUGGCGUCGAGCCUCGCAAACUGAGGGCCGACGGUUCCAGAUCAGUAUAUGGUGAAUACCGUGGCCUCGGGCGCAGGGCGACCAAGGCCUCCGACGUGGCCGUCCGGGUCGUACGCGACGACGUACACAAGGACAAGAAAGUCAAGUUGGACGACGACGAUGGUCAUUACAUUGUCAUUCCAGACACAGACCUGGCAAAUAAAUACCGGAUCAUGAAAUUACUGGGCCAGGGGACUUUUGGAAAAGUCGUCCAAGCCGUUGACCGGGAGAGCAACCAAUUGGUUGCUGUUAAGGUUAUUCGCUCCGUGCAGAAAUACCGCGACGCGGCCAAGAUUGAGCUCCGGGCCCUGCAGACCCUGAGGCAAAAUGACCCCGAGAAUCAAUACCGCUGCAUCCAUCUUCGGGAUUGCUUCGAUUUCCGGGACCAUAUCUGCAUCGUUACGGAUCUCCUUGAUCUCAGCCUCUUCGACUUCCUCAAGGCCAACAGCUUCGUCCCUUUCCCGAAUAGCCACAUUCAGAGCUUUGCUCGGCAGCUCUUAACCAGUGUCGCCUUCUUGCAUGACCUGAACCUUAUCCAUACCGACCUCAAGCCGGAAAACAUAUUGCUGUGUGACGCCGGCUACCAGACGUUUACAUACAAUCGGAGGAUCCCGUCAUCGCAAGUAUCAGCACAGCGACAGGCAUCACAGAGGAAGGUUCUGCUCAGUCCCGAGAUCAGGUUGAUAGACUUUGGGUCUGCAACAUUUCAGGAUGAGUAUCACUCCUCAGUCGUCUCAACGCGUCAUUAUAGGGCCCCGGAAAUCAUCCUCGGCUUGGGGUGGUCCUUCCCUUGUGACAUCUGGAGUAUCGGCUGCAUUCUAGUCGAAUUCUUCACCGGCGAUGCCCUUUUCCAGACGCACGAUAACCUCGAGCAUCUGGCCAUGAUGGAAGCUGUGUGCGACGCUAGAAUCACUCCUCACCUAAUACAAAAGGUGAACAAGAUGUCUGCCAAGAAUGGGCCAAACAGUGCUGCAAAGUACUUCAAGAGACAGAAGCUCGACUAUCCAACCACGGAGACGACCCGAGCCUCAAGGAGGUUUGUCAAGAACAUGAAGAGGCUUGUUGACAUCAUCCCGCACAACGUCAGUCCCUUCAUGAAGAACUUCUUGGAUCUUCUAGAGAAAAUAUUCGUCUACGAUCCUGCAGCUCGGAUAACCGCGAAGGAAGCGUUACAGCACCCAUGGUUCAAGGAGGUGGCACGCGAUGACGGCACUGAGGCGGCACUGAUCCAAGAGAAGAGGAUUGCCGCAGGACGCAGCUCCGGGACUGCCUCAAGCGCCUGCCAUGACUCUCAGCACGGCUGA